AUGAAAACUUUAAAUACAUUUUGUUUUUAUGUAGAUACUGGAGAUGCGUCUCGUACAGAACAAGUCACCGACGAUCUUCCAACGACAUUGGUUACGACCACCGAUUCUAAUAUCAACGAUACCAUUUCACCGACUAAUGGUCCUUCUGAUGGCACAACUGCCGACACAUCAACAACCAUAGUGACUACGACAACAUCUACUAUUUGCAUGUUGAUUUCAAAUCUAGUUGCCAUUUACGAUGCAACUGCGGGUAGUGAUAGUACACCAGCACUAUCUGGCUCUGGAAUCUACACAUAUCCUUUAGCAAAUGGACCAUCAAAAGCGUUUGAUAAACUUUUAAAUACAUCCUACCGCUUUCGUGGCUUUGGUACAAAUUUGCAGUCAGGAAUAAACUCAGGAUUUUAUGUCACAUAUGCAUGUGAUUCGUUUAUCUUUACAGCUGUACGUUUUGCUUCUGCAGAUGCAAGCAGAAAUCGCGAUCCAAUCGCCGUUACUAUUGAAGGAAGUGAUGAAACAACCCAGGAAAAAUUAGGAAAAGGUGAUAGUUGGCAUUUAUUAUAUAGCGGAUCCACAGGUCUCUAUGCAGUUAAUUCUUCUAUGACUUAUGGUAAUUUACAGAAGUUGUUUGUUAAUGCUUCAUAUAAAAGCUACCGUGUGCUUGUUACUGAAAAACGUGGAUCAGAUUCAAGCGUCGAAUACAGUGAAAUCAAAUUUUUCAAGUAA